AUGCGUUCACUGUUUGCCGCCGAUACUGCGUUAGAAACGCCAUUUGCUCCGCCUCAUGUGCCCAGGGCCUUGAAGGGGAUCGAUGAAAUUUUCAACUGUAUCUCAGGCUUUUUUCAGCUUCUCCGCGAUGACUUCGAGAUAACCCAGAAAAGCAUCCACCCGGUCCAAGCUAAACCAACGGGCAAGAUCUAUAAUCAAGGCUCCAUACUCUAUCUUCGCGCCAAGGGUGUAAAAGUUAUGCUCUAUGGGGAGCAUUUUGAUGGAACUAGGACGGCUGCUGCUUUUACACCGGAUAGGUAG